CAGCCCGAGCCGCGGUGCACACCGGGACUUGUAGUCUCCUCGUGGCCGGUUCAGGCAGAAGAAGCCGGUCUUCUGAAGCUGGAGGUCUGUCUCUAGAACUAUGAGCCCGAGGCCUUCCUCUCCCCCGGGGCGCACAGGCUUUUAAGGCGACCCCUGGGAAACCGCUCACCGUCGCAGGCUGCUGGAGCUGAAGCUGCGCCAUCGUCACUGUCGGCGGCCAUGACGCUGCGCGUCUCCCGUCGGAGUCUUCUGUUGGCCAUCAUGAGGAAGCCACGAGCAGCUAUGGGAAGUGGUCGCAGAAAGCAGGCAGCCAGCCAGGAGGGAAGGAAGAAAUGUGCCCUUAGCAGUAGCCGGGCUAAGACUUCUGCCCCUGAUGUUUGUGCAGAGACGAUUCCUGAGCAUUCUGGGGCCCCAGCAGGCCUGGCCAGGCAGCCAGAAGAGGUGGAGGCCUCCGUCUCCCCAUACCAUCUCUUCAGAGACACAGCGGAAGUCACAGCCUUCCGGAGGGGCCUGCUGAACUGGUAUGACCGAAAAAAGCGAGACCUACCCUGGAGAAGACAGGCAGAGGAUGAAGUGGAUCUGAACAGGCGGGCGUAUGCUGUGUGGGUCUCAGAGGUCAUGCUGCAGCAGACCCAGGUUGCCACAGUGAUCAACUACUAUACCAGAUGGAUGCAGAAGUGGCCUACACUGCAGGACCUGGCCGGUGCUUCCCUGGAGGAGGUGAAUCAGCUCUGGGCUGGUCUGGGCUACUAUUCUCGAGGCCGGCGGCUGCAGGAGGGAGCUCGGAAGGUGGUAGAGGAGCUAGGGGGACACAUGCCGCACACAGCAGAGACCCUGCAGCGGCUCCUGCCUGGCGUGGGGCGGUACACAGCUGGGGCCAUUGCUUCCAUUGCCUUUGGCCAGGCUACUGGUGUGGUGGAUGGGAAUGUAGUACGGGUGCUGUGCCGUGUCCGAGCCAUCGGUGCUGAUCCCAGCAGCACCCUUGUCUCCCAGCUACUCUGGCGUCUAGCUCAGCAACUGGUGGACCCAGCCCGGCCAGGGGACUUCAACCAAGCAGCCAUGGAGCUGGGGGCCACAGUGUGCACCCCCCAGCGCCCACUCUGCAGCCAGUGUCCUGUGCAGAACCUGUGCCGGGCACGCCAAAGAGUGGAGUGUAAGCGGCUCUCAGCCUCACAGAACCUGCUGGGCAGUCCUGACGUAGAGGAGUGUGCUCCCAACACUGGACAGUGUCAGCUGUGCCCGCCUCCCUCUGAGCCCUGGGACCAGACCCUGGGAGUGGCCAACUUUCCUCGAAAAACCAGCCGCAGGCCCCCCAGAGAGGAGUGCUCUGCCACCUGUGUUCUGGAGCAGCCCAAGGCCCUUGGGGGUGCCCGAAUUCUGCUGGUGCAGAGGCCCAACACAGGUCUACUGGCAGGACUGUGGGAGUUCCCAUCUGUGACCUUGGUGCCCUCAGAGCAGCAUCAGCGCAAGGCCCUGCUGAAGGAACUGCAGAGUUGGGCUGGGCCCCUCCCGGCCACCCACCUCCGGUACCUCGGGGAGGUGGUCCACACUUUCUCUCACAUCAAGCUGACAUAUCAAGUGUACGGUCUGACCCUGGAAGGGCAGACCCCGGUGACCACACCACCUGGCGCUCGCUGGCUGACCCGGGAGGAAUUUCACACCGCAGCUAUCUCCACCGCCAUGAAAAAGGUGUUCUGUGUGUAUGAGGGCCACCAACCAGGGACCUGCAAGGGUUCCAAAAGAUCCCAGGUAUCCAUUCCAUCCAGCCGGAAAAAGCCCAGCCUGGGUCAGCAAGUCCUGGAUACGUUCCUUCGGCCCCACAUCUCCACUGAUGCACCCAGCCUCAAUACUGCAGCCCAGUGAUACCUCUGGAAGCCUCUACUCUCUGAUUAUACUGUUGUUAAUAAAGUGCUUAUUUUUGUAGUUA